AUGGACGGACUCAACGAAUACCGCCAGAUCCGUGUAGCAGACGUGCUAGCCGACUUCCGGACGUUGCAGUACUACAUUGCCUCCGCGCCAGUUGAUCCUGACAACAUGGAGGACUACUACACGGAGGGCUGGGCUGCUCUACGCCAAUGUGCUAUUGAUGGGCAACACAUACUCAACUGCGCGGCUGACACGAGCGUCCCUAAUGUGGGAGGAGGCCCAGAGGAACAGGAGAAAGCCGAGCUGCAGCAGGUGCUUUUGGAUGCGUUCGCUAGACGACAUGAAGGCCAAAAGAUCUACCUGAGGCAGGAGGCAGCGCAACGUUGGGUAGAUCGCCGCGCGAGAAUCCUCAACGGGAGCAGGCCGCAUUCUGGGAAUCGAUCUGCGCUUAGGGCGUGUGACCAGCAACUACGAGCUGAGCUCGCUACGAUUACCGACCAAAAUGUCUACGCUGAUUUGCAGGACUCGGACAUUGCCAUGGAUCGCUGGACGGCCGAGGAUCCGAGUCUGAGGAGUGUUCUCCGCUGGUUGGCGACACGACGCACCGCCUAA